UUUUUGCAACUUGGGUUGUGACUUUUUUUCAAACCCCAACUUGUCCUAUUUGUAGCAAAGCUGUUGUUGAGAUGGGACCAAAUUGACCCAUCUGUGUACCUCUUUGUGGGUUUUCAGGAUAACCCAUCAAUGUCAUUUAUGAAUUUUUUUGGGUUCAAUUUUACCCCUUGAAUUGAAAUUUCUCAAUAAAUUUUAGGGAUUUUUGUUAACCCUUAAUUUAUCUUCUUAGGGUUAUUUUUAUCUGCCUUUAUUAGGUUAAUUGAUUAAAGUUUGGAUUUUUAAUUUGGGUGGAAUUAAGUUAGGUCUUUUAAAUGCAAUUAUAUAAAAUUUUUGUGGUUUUACUUUUGAAAUUUCAAAAAAAAGUUGGUGGGUGAGAUUCUAUUUUACUGUCACACUCAGAUUUAGGUUUUACUUGACUGUGAAUGUUAUAUGUUAGGUGGUGUGGAAGAAAUCUUUUUUCUUAUGAUGGUUGGUUAAUGUGUCAGAAACUUGAUAAUGCUUGUGACAUUUUUUGCAUCCAAUGUUAUUUAUUUACUUUACAUCUUUUUAGUGAUGAAAAUUUUCAUUCUGUCUUUUUAAGUGGAGAGAUUAUUUGCUAAUUAAUUUCAUAUCUAAUUGAUAACACCAUUUUCUUAUUGCUACUGAAUGAAAAAUUUACCUUUUUGAGUAGCUUCAUUGCAUUUUGAAGAGGUUGGUUUUCUUGACUUGGUUGUUGGAUAAAAAUUGUUGAGAGUUCAAGUUUGGAUUCACGGUGAGAAUGGCAAAAUUACGGUGAACUAUAAUUUUGACAAAAACUACACUUUAGAGGUUCAACAAAAUAACUAUAUCACCAUGAUUUUGCCAAACUCAUGGUUCAUCCAAACAUAUGCGUUGUUUACUUUUAUGAGAUUUUAACCUUAGGAGUUUUUUUUUCUUGUCUUUCAAUUUACGAAUUACAUUCUAUUAUAUAUAAGUGCAUGUUUGAAUUGACGUAAAUUUGGCAAAAGCUAGGUGACAAUCUCCGUGAUUUUAUUGAAGUUUCAAAGUAUAACUUUUGUUGAAAUCACGACGAUGCGCCGUGAUUCCAUGAAUGAUUGGUUUUGUUCAGUGAAAAUGAGCUUUAAAGGUCGUUUACUCUUGUAGGUGAAAGUUUAGUGGGCCUGAACUGUUAAAACUGUUCUUAUCAAGUAGUACUAUGGUAAACUAAAUUUUGUUUUUUUAUUGAAUUGGAAUUUGCAAUUUGAAUGCUCUCUUUAUCCAUUAUAAUCAGACUGGUUUUUCUCCUUUGUUUGUUUCUGAAAGGUCUUUUUCUUUUAUUAGAAAAAUCCUAGCUUGGUAAUAACCAUUCCAUAAUUUGACAGUGAAAACUUCACAACGAUAAUUUCUAAGUUUUCACUUCCCUUUAAAGUGUCAUCAACUAUUGCAUUUUUUUUUGUCAGAGACUCUGGAUAUUUCUCAUGUUCUAACUGAACUUUAUUGCCUUUUCAUUCAUCAAUAGGUCAGGAAUUCACAAGUGUCCACCUUUUUUGAUUUCUGAAGCGAACCCUUCUUUGAAUAUUUCACAUCCCUCAGAGGUUUCUUGGUUUUCAUUGGUAUUAAACUCUGUUCAACUUUCUGUCAUUUUUUCUCUCUUUUUCAGCUUAUAGUACAAUAAAUCGUCUCCCAUAGUUUUGCAUACCACCAAAGUUAAUACUAGUGGCAGCCACCAAAGGAAUAAUCUAGAUCCAGAAUUCUCAUUUUGUGGUGUGGAAUUUCAUAUGGGUUUAACCUAGAUUUAGAGCAAUUAGGUCUUGAAACUAGAACCCUUUUUUUCUCUUCUUCAAAGUAAAAAUCUUUACUUGAUUCAAACAAACAAGACUAUGACUGUGGAUGAAGUGGAGAGUAUCUCUGAGUGGAGCAGGGAGCAAGAUAAAGCAUUUGAAAAUGCCUUGGCAACUUAUCCCGAGGAUGCUUCAGAUCGAUGGGAGAAGAUUGCGGCUGAUGUACCAGGGAAGACUAUGGAGGAAAUUAAACAGCAUUAUGAGUUCUUGGUUGAUGAUGUUAACCAGAUUGAAGCUGGUUGUGUGCCUAUACCGUCUUAUAAUUCUUCCUCGGAGGGAUCAACGAGUCAUGCUAGUGAUGAAGGAGUUGGGAAGAAAGGUGGCCUUAAUGGUAACAAUAAUAGUGAGUCUAAUCAUGGAACUAAGGCUUCAAGAUCGGAUCAAGAACGACGAAAGGGAAUUGCUUGGACUGAGGAUGAACACAGGUUAUUUCUUCUGGGUCUGGACAAGUAUGGAAAAGGCGAUUGGCGAAGUAUAUCAAGAAACUUUGUGGUGACUCGAACACCAACACAAGUAGCAAGCCAUGCACAAAAAUACUUCAUUCGGUUGAACUCGAUGAAUAAAGAUAGAAGGCGAUCAAGCAUACAUGAUAUUACGAGCGUAAACAAUGGAGACGUUUCAACACCUCAAGGACCGAUGACCGGUCAAACAAACGGUUCCGCCGGAAAUUCGGCUGGCAAAUCAAUCAAACAAGUCCCUACAUCCACAACUGGCGUACCAGGUGCAGGAAUUUACGCUGCCCCUACCAUUGGACAACCUAUAGGAGGACCUUUAGUAUCUGCUGUUGGCACCCCCGUGAAUCUUUCCGGACCUCCACACAUGGCGUAUGGUAUUCGAGCUCCGGUUCCCGGUACCGUUGUACCAGGUGCACCAAUGAACAUGGUCCCUAUGUCAUACCCUAUGCCCCAUACUUCUGCUCCUCACAGGUGAAGUGAGACUCAGAUUCUCUGCGGUAAAAAUAUCAUGCAGUUACAUGCUGUGAUCAAUCUCAACCAUUGUUUGAGAUCGGACAAUCAAGAUCUAUAACUGCGUGACACAGUUUAAACAGAGAAUCUAUUUUCGGCAAAGUGAGGGUUUAGAGAGGCCUGAUGUACAAAAAAAUAGAAGACUAGAUGGGUUAUGCAGUUAUAAUGUAAUUCUUUUGCUAGACAAAAUUUGCUUUUUUAUUUAUAUGCAUGCAUGCAUGAGUUUUAUUUUAUUCUUAUUUAGUCAUUUCAAAAAUAAAACCAUACUAGAAUUGAUUGAAUGUAUGUUUGAGUAUAGGUUGCCAUGAAAUGUGACAGAGGAAGCAUAAGAGUAAGGUUUUGUGGACAUUUGAAUUGCUAUUUUUGUUGAACAGUGUUGCAGAGGAAGGUUAUAUGGAUUUAAACUGUAAAUUAUUGUUGUAUAAUCUUGGUUUUUGUAAGAUUAUAUAGUUAUUAGUCGACCGACUCCGCCGUUUUGGAUA